AGAGCAGUGAGGAAAGCAGCUUUGGUCAUCUACUCGAAAUUAAACCCGAAAAAGAAAAAGGAACUGGCUGUUUCAGAACUGUUAGAAAAUGUUGGCGAAGUGGACAGCGGCCAAGGAGAACAGCGUUCGGGGCCGCUUCCAAAGACCGUCCAGAAGCAAAGAAGGAUGCUGGAGAGAUUGGUUAGCAGCGAAGCUAAGAACUAUAUCGCCUUGGAUGACUUCGUUGAAAUAACCAAGAAGUAUGCCAAGGGUAUCAUCCCAUCAAGCAUGAUCCCUCAGGAUGACGAUGACGAUGAGCUGACAGGAAAGAGCCCCGAAGAGCUUCCGUUCCGACAAAAGAUCAUCAAGUAUCCCCUCCACGCCAUCAUGGAAAUGAAAGAGCACCUGAUCGAGGUGGCCUCCAAAGCUGGCAUGCACUGGUUGUCCACCAUCAUCCCAACCCACCAGAUCAAUGCCCUGAUCUUCUUCUUCAUCCUCAGCAACCUGACCAUCGACUUCUUCGCCUUCUUCAUCCCCCUCGUGAUUUUCUACCUCUCUUUCAUUUCCAUGGUGAUUUGCACCCUGAAAGUCUUUCAGGACAGCAAAGCUUGGGAGAACUUCCGCACCCUCACGGACAUCCUCCUCCGUUUCGAGCCCAAUCUGGACGUCGAUGAGGCAGAAGGGAAUUUCACCUGGAAUCACCUGGAGCCUUAUCUCCAUUUCCUGCUCUCGGUCCUCUUCGUCCUUUUUUCCUUCCCGAUAGCCAGCAAGGAAUGGAUGCCCUGCUCCGAGCUGGCCACCGUUUCCGUUUUCUUCAUGGUGACAAGUUACAUGAGCUUGUGCACCAGUGCGGAGCCCUACACGCAAAGGGCCCUGAUGACCGAGGUGACGGCGGGGGCCCUCUGCCUACUGCAAGGGGCCCCCGAGCACUGGGGUUACGUGAAGCUCCUGGGUAAAACAUUUUACAGUCUUCCCCUCGGCAGCGUCCUGGUGCUGAACCUCAGCCUCCCUUGCCUCUUGUUCCUCUACUUGUUCUACCUUUUUUAUCGCAUGGCACAACUGAAGAAAUUUAAAGGCACCUAUUGCUACUUGGUUCCUUACUUGGUCUGCUUCAUGUGGUGUGAACUCUCUGUCGUGAUUCUGCAGGAAUCGACCGGGCUUGGUCUCCUUCGGGCUUCCGUGGGCUACUUUUUAUUCCUCUUUGCCCUUCCGGUGUUAAUGUUGGGCGUCGCCCUGAUGUGCCUUUUCCACUUCCUACGAUGGCUGAUAACGCUGGAGCUGACCAAGGUCCUGGUCACUCUCCUCCUUUGCGCGGUUCCUUUGCUCUUCCACUUUUGCACGCGGGCCAGAGUCUCCAUCGUCGAGAUGGUGACGUCCCUAACCAAGAGUUCAAUUGUGAAACUUAUUCUGGUGUGGCUUUCCGCCAUUGUCCUCUUCUGCUGGUUUUAUGUCUAUCGCUCAGAAGGGAUGAAAGUGUACAACUCGACGUUGACGUGGAAUCAGUACGGGUUUCUCUGCGGGCCCCGGGCUUGGAAGGAAACCAACAUGGCGCGAACUCAAAUUUUAUGCAGUCAUCUGGAAGGCCACCGAGUCACCUGGACCGGGCGAUUCAAGUACGUCCGAGUGACCAGCAUUGAGAACAGUGCCGAGUCCGCCAUAAAUAUGCUUCCCUUUUUCCUUGGGGACUGGCUGAGAUGUUUGUAUGGAGAAACGUAUCCCGCUUGCGACCCCAGAAACGCCACCUUGGAGGAGGAGGAGCUCUGUCGCUUGAAGUACUUGGCCAAACACGACUGUCACAUCAAGAGGUUCGACCGGUAUAAAUUCGAAAUAACCGUAGGCAUGCCCCUUGGUGGCGAGAAUGGCAACCGGGGCCCCGAGGUGGACGACGUCACCAAGGACAUUGUGUUGAAGGCCAGCAAUGAGUUCAAGCAGGUGCUGCUGAACCUGAGGCAGGGCAGCUUGGUUGAGUUCAGCACCAUCCUGGAAGGCCGCCUGGGGAGCAAGUGGCCGGUCUUUGAGCUGAAGGCUCUUUCCUGCUUGAACUGCCUGUCGAAACUCUCCCCGGCCGGCCGGCACGUUAAAGUGGAGCACGACUGGCGGAACACAGUUCAGAAAGCCGUAAGAUUUGCCUUCAAUUUUUUAUUCUCCCCUUUCCUGUCCGUUGCCUCUUAAGCUCUGGUUGUUAAUGCCCGCUCUUGGUUGUCGCAAUCAGAUUGAACGGCCUUUAACGCGGUACGUUAUCCUGCAGUCCUAAUAAUUUUUCUGCCUUGCACAGCGGACUCUACAUUUAGAAGGAUGACGAGCGGCUUACUGAUUGAAAGCCUAAGGAAGGAUAUUCUAAAGGACUAACCUAUCUAACCAAAGAUGCUAAACCCACAACUUUGCCUUCUAUUUAUUCUCAAUAAUUGACAGUGUUCCACAGGUGAAAUACUCAGCUGGAACACUCACACUGAUGUUAAAACGAGGGUGCGUGAUGAAACCUGGGCACAAAUGUUCCAAUUUACGACUUGUGCCAGGCGCCACGAAACCAUGAGCUUCUGUUCUCCCUUCGCUCCUAAGCCCACGAACUGUGGAGGAAAUAAAUUCUCUGCCAAUAAUUACAUCCUGCGAACAGAAUCGAGUUAAUUCAACGGUACAAUUGGGUGUGUUUUUUUUUUUUUCCUGAGGAAGGGGCCUUCGUCCCGUCCUCGUUUUUUUUUUUUUUUCUUCCAGAAAGGAGGAGGAAAGGAAAUGGUUUAAGUGAUAAGCACGAUUGCUUAACUCUGGAAAUGGUAAUGAACAUCUGGAGAUGAAUUUGUCCUUUUUGAUCACAAGCAUAAAAUAAUGAUUUAAAAAUAUGACACACACUUAUUGUCGUCUCUUUU